AAACACCGCCACCUGCUGUGUUGAAGGGAGACACAUUUUCCGCAGAGUUGGGCCUUUUUCUUCCUCUCUGCUGACGAGACGCUGGUGAACGACACUAUGCCUGCCGUAGUUAUAAUGGAUGAAAAUUAUGAUAAACUUUUAGAGCAGUGCCAAACACAGGAACUUGAGGCUCCAGGUGGCAUUGCAACCCCUCAAGUGUAUGCCCAGCUGUUGGCUCUCUAUCUACUGCACAAUGACAUGAAUAAUGCCAGGUACCUGUGGAAGCGAAUUCCUCAAGCCAUUAAAUCGGGAAACCCAGAGCUGAUGGCCGUGUGGGCCGUGGGUCAGCGCAUAUGGCAGCGAGACUUCCCAGGGAUCUACUCGGCCAUUGCAGCUCACCAGUGGUCUGAGAACAUCCUGCCCGCCAUGGAUGCUCUGCAAGAGACCACACGUAGGAGGGCCUAUGGCCUGGUGGCCCAGGCGUACACCUCCAUCACGGCAGAAGACUUUGCCGCCUUUGUGGGCUACUCUGUGGAGGAAGCCGUGAAGGGGGUGGUGAGCCAGGGCUGGCAGGCAGACCCUGCCACCAGGAUGGUAAUGCCCCAGAAACCAGAUCCUCCCCCUGUCUCGCUGGUUCCAAACGAGCAGCAACUGGCCAGACUCACUGACUACGUGGCUUUCCUUGAGAACUGAUCAAUUCCCUUCAGCCCCGUUUGUCUGCCGUGAGGAGGACUCCAGAACGCCCAUCUUCCAGAGCUUAGAUGGACACACGCACCAUACACACACGCACCAUAUACACACAGACACACAUGCAGGUCCUCAAGCUCACCCCCCUUGUGCAUGAUUGUGGUCAUGUCUCUGGGAGCGAGACACCAUGUUUUCAGAAAGAUGGGCCUCAGACUUACGAUUCAGUUCGUACGCCCACUAACUCUGUUGUUGGGCAAUCCUUAGUAAAUGACUGCGACUUUACUGCGUCUUUACGAAGUGGCAGUCUCAAUGAUUGUAGUAGUUAAUUUAAUGUAAUUUCUGUAAGAAAUGUACUAUUUUCAUGCGCAUGUUGGAAGAAUUUGUUUGCCCGCAGCUGCCCAACUAUGUGAGAAGUCCCGCAUCAGACUCUAACCCACAAAUAGGCCGAAAAUUGGACGGGGUGCAAGAUUUAUUUUUUACAAAUAAUUUCCAACAUUUUGGUAGGCUAUUUGUUAGUCAACUUUUCUAUAAUUAUAUGCAUGCAGCUUCUCUUCUGUCAUUACUGCCCUAGAAGACUAAAUAAACCCUUGUUCACCAGAAUGUCGUAAAUCGGUGAACGCUUAAAUCUUGUUGACUUCUGUAAAGUUUUCUCUUUCAUCUCUGCUUCUCUCCUGCAGGAGAGGUUUAGGGACCGGAGGGGUAAAUGCAAUAAAACAUUUUUUAAAGAUUUUCUGUUCAAAAUGUACAUCAAUCUGACCAGUUUGAAGGAAAUUAAAAGCAGUGAAAACAA